UAUAACCAAACUGUCUGGUUGGAGAAGGAAAGAAGAAAGAACAUGGGUGUUAGUAGGAACUCCAAAGAGACUUCUUCAAAGACGAAACCUCGGAGUACCACACUUAAGUACCUGUUUGAUCUAGAUUCCAACUUUGGCAAUAAUCCUUCAAGUCCCAACAAUGGCAAGCGCUCGUCUUUCGAUUCCGAAAAUGAAGAAAUCCUGUCAGCUAUCUCUAUCUGUAGUACUGUUUUCACCUUCACUGAUCCUGCAGAGUCUCCCUCGCAGCAGGAGCUCAAGCGCCUCAAGCUCAGUCAAUUACUUGCUAGCACAAAGUCCCCCAAGAAGACACUGGAUGAUAGAAUUCUAUCUCGUCUAAUCUCCAUGCUGUCGACCAAUCUCUUCCGGCCUCUCCCUCCGCCUUCAAAUACCUCCAUCAUCUCGGAGUUAGCUGAUGAUGAAGAGUUGUUUUACAGUCCAGGACCUUUGUGGCCACACCUGCAAAUUGUUUAUGACAUUCUUCUCAGGCUUGUUCUUGACAUGGAUCCCAAGACACUUCGCGAGUACAUCAAUCAUCAGUUCCUUAUCAACCUCCUAUCCCUCUUUCAGACUGAGGAUCCACGAGAACGUGACAGCUUGAAGAAUGUUUACCAUCGGAUAUAUGCCAAGUUCACUUUCUAUCGAUCAUUUAUGAGGAAAUCGAUGAACGAUAUUUUCCUUCACUAUGUUUAUGAGACAGAGAAGCUUUGUGGGAUCGGCGAGCUUCUUGAGAUAUGGGGAAGCAUUAUAAAUGGUUUCACAGUUCCACUAAAGGAGGAGCACAAGCUGUUCUUGAUGAGGGUGCUGAUUCCUUUGCACAAGGUCAAAGGAAUGCAGGUUUAUCACAGGCAGUUGGCUUAUUGUGUCUCUCAGUUUGUACAGAAGGAGCCUACGCUCGGCGGGGUGGUCGUUCGAGGCAUUUUAAAGUAUUGGCCUGUCACUAAUUGUCAGAAGGAAGUCAUGCUUAUAGGAGAACUAGAAGAAAUGGUGGAGAACAUUGACCCAGAUCAAUACAGGAAGUUAGCCCUGCCUAUAUGUACCCAAAUCACAAGAUGCUUAAACAGCUGCAACUCACAGGUAGCCGAGCGCGCGCUAUACAUAUGGAACAAUGAGCAAUUUGUAAAGAUGGCACAAUCAGCACUGGAAGAAGUGUUUCCAGUGAUAGUGGAAGGCAUGGAAAGGAACCUGAAGCUGCACUGGAGCAAGAGUGUGAAGCAAUUGACAGAAAAUGUGAAGUUGAUGCUGGAAGAAAUGGCUUCGAGUUUAUACAGCAGAUGCCUACAAGACAUAAAUCUUAGAGAAUCUGAAGCUCAACAAGAAGAGAUCAAUAGGAAACAGAGAUGGGAAAGAAUUGAAAUGGCAGCAUCUCUUAAUGGAAUACUCCAACAAAAACAAUAUAUAUGUGUUUCUCAUUGAAGAACAGAACACAAUAUUUUGUUGCUGGCAUAUAGAAGCUAAUAUAUACUAUAACAGAAGCCUUCUUUUUAUUCGUAUAAAUUGUGCC